GUCAAGAGUCAAAUUCCAGCACACGUCAGAGGAACCGAGGAACUGAGGAACCGAGGAGCACAGCUCAGCUCAGCCUGUCUGUCCGUCCGUCUGUCUGUCUGUCUGUCUGUCAGUCGGCUUAGCGGACACUUUAGUAACUCGGUUUAAUGAGCGGACAUUUGGCGGAUCCGCUGAUAUUCGGCUCUGUUCGCGGCGCUGCGGCUGGUUCUGGUUCUGCUCUCCGGCUCUGCGGAGGAAACGGCUGUUUAAGGUGGAACCGCCGCUCAACUUCAUCUAACGGGCUUCUGUUUCUGAGGAACGGAGCUCUUCAUCCGAGGAUCUGUGGAUAUUAGAGAUCUGCUGUAAUAAUAAUAAUAAUAAUAAUAAUAAUAAUAAUAAUAGCAGUGAAGCUGCUGGUUCUGAUGAUGAGAGACUUUUUCAGCCCCGAAUAAACUCGGACUGUUGUUCUCCCCGGGUUAAGGAUGUUUUCGGGGAUGGUGAAGCUCCGUCUGAGGGGUGAAGGUGGCCUCUUCACAGCACCAGAAGUGGACGUUUCUCACAGGAGGAGUUUGAGGACAACAAAUCUGUCCAGACAUCUGGACUGUGCUGCUUGUUUGGCUGGCAGGGUGCCCUGCCUACUUCACCACCACUCUGAAGCUCAGGCGUCCUGUCCAUCUGCUCUUCUUAACGGUGAUGAGAGCGCCAUCGAACCACCCGACAGCCAGGGUCAUCAUGGAGAAGAUUCUGCAGGACACAGAGCGGGUCAGCCAUUCCAGGACAUCUCUAGUCCACAGUGGCGUGUUGCCCAUCAGCCAGAGCCCAGGCCUGAGCAGAGACCUCCCAGUGCUGUAGACUUUCCUGAAGAUGCUCCAUCAGACGACACCUUUAACUCCAGCUUCAGCUUCAUCCAGCAGUCACUGGACUCCGAGCGCUCCUUCUGGGACGAGUGUGAUUGUGAAACAUCCAAACAGUCAAGGACCGAAUCUGCUGUAGUGGAACAGUCUGUAUUCAGAAAUGAAGACGCAGAGUCUUCUCGGAUCGGUUCUGCUGAGGUACCGGAAUCAGACCAACCUCCUGGACAAUCAGGGAAGCCGCAGAACCUCUUACUGGACGAUGAUCUGUUAGGGGUCGAUCUGGACGCGCCCUGGCACAGCGGUGACAGGUCCUUCGCCAUGACGUCUCACUCCAGAGACAACAUGCCAGACUCAGACACAGAGGUCACCUCCUCGCUGUCGGUGGACUCCUCAGACUCCGCCUCCUCCUCCACCUCUGGCUACGAAAGUGCCACGCCUUCUUCAGACCAGAGGUGGGACAUCCUCAUGAACAAGUGUGAGGGAAUUCUGCAGGAAUGCUUGCAGGAAAACCGCACCAACUCCAGGAUCGAGUCUAUGAUGUUUAAGCUCCAGAGGCUGCAGCAAAAGGCAGUUCUAGAUGAUGAUUAUGACACAGCCGAGCGCUUCAGUAAGAAGCUGGACGAGCUGAUGAAGGAAAAGGCCUCUCUGAAGCCUGGACUGCCCUCCAGACACCCCAAAGUCACCAGCUUUUUAGAGCGGCUCAGGACCACCAUUCAGAGCGCCCUCCGCAGGACGGAUCCAGAGUGCAGACCGUCUGAAGAGUCCUCAGAGAGCCGCGUGGGAGCCGAGCAGAGCCGAGAGCAGCUGCUGCAGGAGAGAGAGCUGAUCCAGAGGGAGAUGGCGGAGCUGCAGCUCAGGCUGGAGGAACUACAGAAGCGGAGCCUGGCUUUGGAGGAGCAGCUGACCCAGGAGGAGCUCCGGCUGGAGACGGUAGAGAUGGAGGGAACCCUUCUGAGAGGCUGCAGCCCAGCUCAGCUGCAACUGAUCGGCCGAGCGCUGGAGGACCUGAUCACGUCAAAGCACCGUGUCCAGAUCUCUCUGUCUCCGGUACCGAGUCUCACCAGAUUACAGGAGCAGGAGCAGAGUUUGACUUCAUCCAUAAAAGAGGCAACAGCCAAAGUGGUGAUGAGUCAGAGGCUGGGCGGUAGUCUGAGGAGGAAAGUUAGUGAGAGUGAGACGCAGUUGCUGGCUCUGCAUGAGGCCAAGCUGGCAGCUAUUUCAGGGAGUGAUUUCAGCACUGCGAAGGAGCUGAAGGCAGAGAUGAGGUCAGUAUACGAGGAGAGGGAUCAUCUGGAGGGGCUCGCGAAGAGACUUCAGACCCUGAGCGCAGGGAGCGCCCACGACCUGGCCCGCAUGAAGGAGCAGCACAGCCAGCUGAAGAAGGAACUGCAGAAGAGAGAAGCUCAGUACGAGCAGAACCUGAAGGAGAACAUUGUUAAGUACACUGAGUUCCUGGAGGACCGACUGCACAGCUGCGGAAGUCCGGCUCUGGAGCGAAUCUGGGAGGCUGAUCUGGAGGCGUGCCACCUUCUCCUGCGGGGUCUCCAGCUCCACACUCCCACCUACUCUGAGCCGGAGGAUCUCCCCUCCCCCCCGAAGCCCUGUCCGCAGGUUCAGCCCUUCUCCAAGAUGGAAGCCGACUGCGCCAUGCUCACCGCUCUGGGGGGCUGCUGGGGUUCAGAGGUCAACCUGCAAAACUCUGAAUUCACCAAGAAGUUGGAGGAGUUCCUGUUCUGCUUGGAGGACGGUCAUCCUGAGGAUCUGCACAGUGAGGCGGUGGAGCUGACCGAGCGCUGUGAGCUGAUCAGUGAAAGACUGCUGUCUUUAGAGGAGCAGCUACAGACUGCGCUGCAGAACAGCGACCAGGACAUCACUGUGUCCUUGGAGAAGGAGGUGCAGGAGGUGAAGGCCACUCUCCAGGACAUGCUGUCGCAGCUGAAGAAGAGUGCGUUUGAUGAAGAGGAGGAGGAGCAGGAAGAUGAAGAGCAGUUUCAUGAUGUGGAGGAUGGAGAGACAUUAGAAGUAGAGGAGGAUAAUUACUUCAGUGACAGCUGGGAGAUUUAAAGGAGCAGCGUAUUGGGUAACACUCUACUGCAGGGCGCCGUUCAUCAGGCUACAUUAGCCUGUCAUGGCGACUGACUUAAUCCUUCAUGAACAUUAAUUAAGGCUUAUUCUAAUAGACGUCUGUCAUAAAGGCUGCUGUUGUCAACUCUGAUGUCAAGUUCACGUAACACCUGUACAGGUGACUGAUUUUAGUCUGACAGUGGGUCGUCAUGACACUUUCGGCUGAUGACCGACUGGCUAUGUAGUUUAGUGUAUAUAACAGUGAUGUAAUGCUGAUGAUGUGAGAGCUUAAAUAUUAUAAACAUUCACAUGAAACUCAUUAUUUCAUACAGUUCACUCCACAGUCCAUAGUGACACGCAUUCCAUUUAAUUCUGAUACUCGAGCAUCUGCAAGAGUUCAUAAGCAGAAAUCUGAUUAACUACACACUUAGAAAAGAUGGUGCUUCAAGUGCUUUUUAGUGAAGAAAAUGGUUCUAUUUAGA